AAAACAGUACGGAUAUAAAAUUAGACAUUCAACGUGGAGCACUCCCUAAUAUGGAAAUGCUAUUUUCAACACUAUACUACAAGGGAACACACAGCUUACUUCAGCACAGUAUGCAAUAACCUUUGUGGAAAUUUUUUGACCUAUUCGAAACAGCGCAAAAACGCUGUGUGUCGAGUGUUUUAGGUAUGACUGAUUUUUGUACAACCGCAUGCAGCUAGCAGUGUAUGCGUACUUCAUCCACACACAAAAAUAAUAAUACCGAGUGUAUGUCAGACACAACGUGUGCACUCACACAAAGCUGAGAUUUCUGUCUCUUCAAAAAUAGGCAGCAUUUUAUCUGGGGCUUUUUAAUACUGUAUCCAAUGCCAGCUUGGACAGAGCUUUAAAUCAUAUCUGUUCAGCCUUUGUUGUGGUUUUCUAGCCGUUCCCAGUGUUAUAAGAAGAGAUAAAUUGAACCCGAGAAAAUUGCCUGUUUUGAAACCUGUUUUUGUCAGUCGAAGAAUUCUUCACUUCACUUCUGCUGCUGGGCUAUAUUAUAUAUAUAUAGCAGCCGCGUUGCAGUUGAGCUUUGUCACCUCGGUAUACAUUUCCUGCGCGAGUUGUCUCAACAUGCCAAAGGCAAACAGGUUUACUUUGGAGGAGAGGAUGGAUGUUCUGGAGCUGAUCAAGCCGAAAGUUGCUAUAGUGGACGCAUUGACCAGUGAUUUCGUGGCCAAUGAGAAGAAGAAGGAAGUUUGGGAAGAAAUUACCAGGGAUUUUAUCAAGGACCGUCCUGAUCGACAGGAAUUGACCUCUAAAGAGGUGAGAGAACUAUGGCGAAGGGUAAAGCACAGAGCUAGAAUGGAUGUUCGUCACGCCAUUCAGAAUGCCAAGGUGGGACACGUCAGAUCCAUGGGAGAAGCAGACAACUUGGGUUGGCUCCCUGAAGAUAACACUGGUCACAAGGUCAUCGACAUCAACGACCUCGGUUUAGAAGUCGAUACUAAGUUCAUCACUGACUUCGUGCCUUUGCUGGAAGAAGAAGCGACUGUACUUGAGACACGGAACGGUGUCUUGCUAGACUAUAAUGGAAAGGGCAGUACGAAGGAAAAGCGGCGGGCGUCUUCAAGUCAUUCAGUGCCCUCUAAUGGGAAACAUAAAGUAGCCAAAACCGAUUCGAUAGGUGGUAAUGAUGUCUAUGAAGUCAUAGAGGUCGAGGAUAGGACUUCACCAGAAGUGGAAACACCACUAAGUGACCUGUCAAGUCCAAACCAGGAAAACCAAGGGGACACUUCACAGAUUGAUAGUAUGUAUGAUGUUCAUGGGGGUAUUCAGAUCGCUGCUGUAAUGAGCCAACAGCCAGAGUUUGCCCCAGAUACAACCAGUAGGAGUGCAUCACAUCAUUUCGAUCAGCACCAGCGGGUUAGAACAAGCACUACCACGGGAAUGAACCCCUCACUAAAACCGGCAAUGAACUCGAAACUCGGUAUGUACAUCGGUAUGAACUCCAUGGCCCACCCGAGUAUUGGCUCACCGAUGAGCUCGGACAUAAAUACGAACAUGGCAUCGGAUAUGGGUAUGAGCUCGGGUACGACCAGGGCAUCGACAGCGAUGAAAGACACUGAUAAGGAGCUGACGGCGUUGUCGAUCGAGUAUUUAAAGCAGGAACAUGAAGCAAAGAUGGAGUUGAUUCGUUUGAAGCAAUCAGCUGCAAAGGCAAAAAGUGAAACAGCCAGGGCAAAGAGAUCAGCUUACGAUGAGAAAAGAAUGUUUUACUUUGAAAAAAGAAAGCAAUUGCAUGAAGAUCCUGUUUGAUUUGGGAAGAAAAGUAUUUUUCUAGAUUCGGACUGAAAAGUGGAAACAAAAGAAAUGUGUAACUCAUUGUGUCAAUACGACUCGUUUGCAAGAGUAAAAAAACGCGGCUAUAGCAAAUAAUAAACUGUCGGAGUCUAGAGAUAGGUCUUCGACGAUGAACGGAUUGAUUUUAUACGCAUGCCCAUUCUCUUACCAGUUUUGUCACGAUCGUGAGGAAAAUAAUCAUAAUCUUAUCAUAUUGUCAUCAGAAACUUUCGAUUUUAUUGAAAAUUGCAGCAGUCUAUAUA